AAAUUAACCAAAUCCCUGAACAAACGAGAUCCAAAAAAAAGAAAAAUUUGUCAAGCCCGUUUCUCCGCGCCCUGCCGCCGCCCUGCGUCGGUCCCGGCCUCUCCCCUCCCUCCGUACUCCAUUCCCUUCCGCUUCUCCUCGUCGCGUCGCUAGGGUUUCUCCCCUCCGCCCCGCGCCCCAAUUCCGAUCGAUCCACGCCGCGAUGGUCCCCGGCGCCCGGCCCUCCGGCGGCGCGGCCAACUCCACCUCCACCACCGGCGGCAGCUCCCCUUCCGACCGGGGCGGCGCCGCGCCCUCGGUCUCGGCCUCGACGCCGGCCAGUGAGAGCACCGUCGCCCGCCGCCUCAACGGCCUCGACAUCCAGGCCGAUGAUGCACCCUCCUCGCAGCCCGCCGCCAGCAAGAAGAAAAAGAGAGGUUCACGUGCAGUUGGUCCUGACAAAAAUGGCCGUGGAUUGCGCCAAUUCAGCAUGAGAGUCUGUGAGAAAGUCGAAAGCAAAGGGAGAACAACCUACAACGAGGUGGCAGAUGAACUGGUUGCUGAAUUUACAGACCCCAAUAAUAAUAUUGACUCUCCAGAUCCUGAUAAUCCCUCUGCGCAACAAUAUGAUGAGAAAAAUAUUCGAAGAAGAGUGUAUGAUGCACUGAAUGUCCUAAUGGCUAUGGAGAUUAUAUCUAAAGAUAAAAAGGAAAUACAAUGGAAAGGCUUGCCUCAGACAAGUAUGAAUGAUGUUGAAGAAUUGAAGAAAGAGAUCAUUGGAAUGAAAGGUCGGAUUGACAAGAAAAGUGCAUAUUUGCAGGAUUUACAAGAUCAAUAUGUAAGUCUCCAAAACUUGGUACAACGAAAUGAGCAGCUAUAUGGGUCAGGAGAUGCACCUUCUGGUGGAGUGUCCUUGCCAUUCAUACUAGUACAGACACGUCCUCAUGCAACAGUAGAAGUGGAGAUAUCAGAAGAUAUGCAGUUGGUGCAUUUUGACUUCAAUAGCACUCCAUUUGAGUUGCAGGAUGAUUCCUUUGUAUUGAAAGCAAUGGGGUUAUCUGGUAAAGAAGAAACUGAUGGCGCCCAAGCUCCAGUUGCAAAUGGAGGUGAGUGCUCAAGUACACCGAACAAUUAUUGGCAUCAAUCACCUCAACCUGCGAGGCCAAGAGGAGUUCGGCUACCAACCUCGCCUCCUAUUCCAGGGAUACUAAAAGGGCGCGUCAAGCAUGAACACUAAGCAUUAAUAUGCUUGUUGGUGUUGCAUGAGCUAUUUGGUUUAUUGUUCCCCAGCUUUCUGGUAGUUUUACAUGUAAAAAGUGCUUGUAAAUUAGGUCGGUGGGGAAAAUUGUUUCUUAUUUAGCUUUGCUGAAGGUAGAUCGAUGGGCGGCCGUCAUGAUGUACCAAACGUACCUGGCUCACUUAUAACUCCUAGGUUUCAGUUAUCUGGUUGAGGUAAAGUAUCUUGGUCCAAUGUAAUUGUGUAGUAUUAUCUUUGCGAAAUGGUCGGCAUCUUAUUCAAGAUGAGUAUCUCAGGAGAUUGCAAGUCAGAUUUGCGUUGGAGUGGAGGAAUUUAGAUUUU